AAUUUAUCUCGCCUCAGCAAGUGUGGUGAUAAAAUACGCUCAAGUGUACGCAAUGGCUUUUCUUCAGAUUACCGUGAACGAUAAAACUUCUCCAGCUGGUGGACUGGUGUCGAGUUGUUUUGUCAAACGCGGUGCUCAUGCAGUCGUUGCGGUCAGCGGUAGUAUGAGGCUGUUACGAGGUAUGACUGUCAGUGUAAUGGUGAGAUCGAAAAAUUCCUCUUUCCAAAUAAGCGAAGGAAGUUAUUUCACCAUGCGCUUUAUGUCAGAGAGCGAUAGAACAGAAGGGAACAUGGCUGAUCGUUACAGCGAUGUCACCUUUAUCUCAAAUGGAUGGAAAGAACUCGUUAGCUGGAAAACUACUGGCGUGAAUGGGCAGUUCCAAGUGGGCUCUAUUCACCAGACCACAGACAGGUUUUGGGUUUUUAAAAGUGGUAUUUACUUUGCCACGGGAAACAUUCAGCUUUUGGAAACGAGUGGUUUGGCAAUUAUUGGUAUUGUUAUCAACAACGGAAACGACACAGCGGUUGUGUCCAAGAAGACAUGCGUCAAUGGCGAGCUUUGUUCAUUAAAUCUCGCUGUUCCUUUAGCACUCAAUAAGGGCACAGUUGUGUCAGUACACGUUUAUUCAAACGAUGAAGACCGCUGGAUAGUCUCAAGACACUCCAGCAAGUCCAAUUUAUACCUUAAACCAGUUCCCCCAUCAGAUGUCGUACAAGGAUUUCUUGCUCGCGUCGAAUCGAACGUUUCCGUUUCUGGCCGAAGGCUUUCCGAAUGGGUGCGAGUUGGAAACUGGAACAUAACCGAGCGUCCUGGCUAUUUCACAACAAUAAGCGGCUUCUCCGGAAAUGGAGCUUUUGUUGUCUUCAACCCAGGUGUUUAUAUUGUAACUGUGAAUUUGAUUUCACAAUGCUCGGGAAUAAAGGGAUGGUAA